ACAUUAAACAGUUUGGAUCGCCACACCUCCCUCAGUUACUUAAACAUUAAGUGUCCCAAUGAGGACAGUGUCAACAUGACUCAACUAUGGUUUAUAUGGUUGCUUCUUCAUCAAGCAUAUACUUUAGUCCCCAUCAUCACAGUCCAGCUUGGGGAACCUGUCACUUUGACCUGUUUUCCUGAAAAUCUAAAGGUCGUGACUUGGGUUUACUGGUAUAAGCAGAGUGCAGGAAAUACUCUGGAAUUAAUUGCAAAGGUGCAUAAAAGUAAAAAACAAAUCUAUGAGCACGGAUUUCAAAGGUCAAGAUUCAAAAUAACCUACAAUGGCAACAAAAGCACCUUGACAAUUUUAUCAUCAGCUGAACAAGAUGAGGGAAUGUAUCAUUGUGGUUUUAUGGACUGGAGUGAAUUUACUUGGACUGGGACUUAUUUGUCAGUAAGAGGAAACUCUCACAGGGUGUCAAGCUACACUGUUGUUCAUGAGCCAACAGUUUCUGAUCGCGCUCAUCCAACAAACCAAGAACCUUUGCAGUGUUCAAUCCUGUCUGAGUCUGAUAACACAACCUGUUCAGGAGAACCCAGUGUGUUUUGGUUCAGAGCAAUAUCUGAUACCUCAUAUCCAGAUAUUGUCUACAAUGAAGGCAUAAAACAAGAAAAUUGUGAAAAGACAUCAAACAAUCAAAAGAAAUGUAGUUUUAGGUUUUCCAAGAACAUCAAUUCAUCAGUCUCCUAUCACUGUGCUGUGGCCACAUGUGGAGAAAUAUUAUUUGGAAAUGCAGCAAACAUGAAGAAUCAAGAUAAAAUGUCAAUUAAUUCAUCGGUUGUCUUAAUGAUCAUAAUAAUCUGCUUGGCCAUCUCUGUGACCCUGAAUAUUACUUAUUUUUGGUACCGAACAAAAAAAUCAAGCUGUACACGAUUAAACGAAAGUUCCCCUUCUCAACCAAAUCCCAGGGACUUAAGCCAAGAAAUAGAUGAGAGUGAAAAUGGGCUUGAUCUGGAUUAUGCCGCAUUGCAUUUCUCUGGAGGGAAGGAACAAAAAAGCAAAAAGAAAAGAGAACAGAAGACUGAAGAAAGUGUAUACUCACAAGUGAUAUUCAAUAGUAAUAAAUAACUUUGACUUUAGACAUAUGCUGAACACCAACAUUGUGGCGUAGAUACUCUGAAAAAUGUAAAUAAUUUCAAGCUCAAGAAGUAAGAGCAUGCUUAGAAGAAAAAAAUUCUUAGAGGUAGAUGACGGAAUCUCCACCCCUUCUAACAGCAAAAUAUGAUGUAACUUUUAUUAGGAUUUUAUAACAGUGAAAAACACCAUACAUUGCAGUUGCCUUCAGAAUUCAUCUAUUAAAAGCAGU